UGUACAGUUGUCGCGCCAGUUGUCCUCUUCUAUCGCUUCGUUACCAGAAGCUGUUGCUGGAGCAUGUUUUGGGGCUUUUUGACUCUACUGUACAGAGAAUACUGUAUAAAUUCACUCGAGUAAUACAGUAAAGUUUCACCUAACAACACGUCAUAGCCACAAUAAUCAGAUAGUUAUGUUAUGUACUUUAUUUUCAUAAAUACAGGAAUAAGAGCUUUACACUCUCUCGGCAUUUGGACAAGUAGUUUCUCUAAACUUUCAGCUAAAAUACUUUUCCACCUGUUGUAAAACUGGCCAAAGGUGUUCUCCAGUAGUUGGGAGAUUUCUUUUUGCUCCAGUUCAUCCCAGAGCAGUUCAAUAGGAUUUAGGUUCAGUGACUGGGCAGACCGUUCCAUGAUAGAUAUCACUCCAGACAACUGGAUAAUGAGCUCGGACGUACGCUUGGGCUCAUUGUCUUGUUGUACGGUGGAGUCGGUUCCAAUGAACCGCAGUCCAGAUGGAAUUGUAUGCUGUUGAAGUAUGGAAUGGUAGCCAUGUUGGUUCUGGAGUCAUUUCACUUUCCCGAAUAAGUCUCCAGCCGCUAGGGGGCAGACAACGCGCUUCGGGGUGAAAAUAAAUGACGUCACCACUGACAACACCGAAGUAGGGGGCGGAACAACGGGACUGCUGUUGGGCGGAAAUGUUACAGCGCCUACAAAUGCGACAAUUCAGCAGAUAAUCGAUGGCGACUCAGUCGAUCGCCGAGCGCACCAUCUCUGAGAACAGCCUGGUGGUGCUGUUACAGGGUCUGCACGGUCAGGUGACCACGGUGGAUCUGCGGGACGAGAGCACGGCACGGGGUCGCGUCCUCAACGUGGACGCCUUCAUGAACGUGCGUCUGGAGGACGUGGUGUACCGAGACAGACGGGGGAACGUUUCAGAGAUGGCCGACCUGUUUGUGACGGGUCGUAACGUGCGUUACGUCCACAUUCCUGACCAUGUGGACAUUGUAGAGACCAUACAGAGCCAGCUGGAGAAGAUCCGCAGAGUGCGCUGCUUCACUGAGAAGGGGAGGAAGGAGUACAGCAAGAAGAAAAAAUAACCAGGAGCAAUUUCUGUUCGAGAGAUGUUUUGUUUUGGGUAGAUUUUUGUGUGAACGGUGAGCAGAAGCUAAUAAUCACUUCCAUGUGACGUCACAGACGUUUCUGUUGUUCCUGUGUGACGGAUGACGUAAAACAUUCUGACCAAUGAGAAGAGCUUUCUUUAACACCUCAACAUUAUGUUGUGAGGCUUUGUAUCAACACACACACACACACUCCAUCAGGUUCAUUCAGACAUGCGAAAAGGUUCUUUGAGGUGUUUGUGCAAAUACACAAUCAUUGAGAAUGGG